UUGCGGAAGUAAUAAGUCUACGUGGGAAGGAAAGGUUGGUUUGGCAGCGUGUGGAUGCUUUUCACAGCAGAGGCGCCGAUGUCCAAUCCAGGUUGGCUUUUGCUGCUGCUCAACCAGUCCUCUUCCCACCCCUUAGGCAAAUGGACGCGUUGAGCAGCCGCAGCCGGAGCCUAUAAAUGGGCCAGGCAGCCGCACGCAGGCUGUAAUGCUGCGCCGGGUGCGGCACUCUCUCCGGCAGGUGCUGUGUCUGAUGGCCCGGAGACCCGCUGUGCUCUGCGGGGCUAUCGUGCUCAGCGUGCUCGUCAUACUGGCCGUCAAGUUCACCUGCAGCCGUGCUAAAAAUGUGGUGGCUCCAGCUCGGCCUCCGGUGCGGUUCUUCUCUGCUGAGGCCCCGGUGGUGGACCUGUACCUGGGUCAACUAGAUCAGGUGGAGCGUCUCAGGACUAUGGCAGAGGUGUCCCUCAUUUUCUUCUACGCCCCGUGGUGCGCUCACUCCAUGGCUGCGCGGCAGGAAGUGGAGCAGGUUGCCAAGAAGCUGUCCAAACAGGUGCAGUUUGUCGCGGUCAACUGCUGGUGGAGUCAGGGGAAAUGCAGGAAGCUGAACCGCCUGUACCAGUACCCCACCAUCCACCUGUUCUACAGAAGGUUUGGGCCCAUAGACUACAAAGGUCCACUGGUGGCGCCGUAUGUGGAGAGUUUUAUCCUCAGAGUCAUCACUCCACUCAUUUACCUCCCGUCGAAAGCCACACUUGAGGAAUUCCUCUCCGACCAUGAGUCUCGAGUGGUGGGUUUCUUCCAGUUCAACUCCUCUCCUCAGCCUCCAGGGUACAUCACCUAUCUGUCCUCAGCCCUGCAAGCGCUCAAGUGGGAUUCCCACGGUGUCGUGCGUUUUGGGGUCGUCACCAGCAAACAGGUGGCUGAGGCCAUAUCAGUGAAAGACGAUGAAACCGUUUACCUCCACCGAACGUUCAACUCGUCUCUGAUCUUUCCCCGGCAGGAGCGGAACUUCACGUCGGACGGCAUCUGUAGGUGGGUGUUCGAGCACCACGAGAGCGUCGUCCAGUGGCUGCAGCCGCCGGGGACCAAGUCGCGUCUGCUGGAGCGGGAGCUGAACAGAGGCCCUGCGCUGCUGCUGUUCCUGCCGUACGACCCGCUGGCGUCCGAGCCCAGCGCGCUCCUGCAGCAGGUCACCGACGUGGCCGUGCGCUAUCACUCCUGCGGCAGUAACGCCUCGUCCGUCUCACUGUGCUGCCAUUCGGUCGUCCUCGCACACUCCAGGACGAGUGUGUGCGAGGUGUGUCUGAGCUCGUGGAGCUCCACCGGCUGCCUGUUCCCGUCCGCGGCUCAGGGAGAGGUCCUGCAGACUUAUGUCCAACACUGCUGCCUCCAUAAUCUGCCUGUCCCCGUGUCCGCUGGCUGUAGCAACCUGCUGAACAGCUACAGCCCCUUCAGUCAAUACAGUGCCUGCUGUAGGGAAGUAGAGCCUCAGCUCAACCAGUCUGAAGCCAAAGAGGAGCCGCGCAUGCAGCGUGAUCGCCCCACGCCCGGGGCCCCUCCACGCGCGGCCCCGCUGCAGGGCGGCGGCAUCACGGGGCUCCAGUGUCGGACGAACAAGACCCUCAGGUUUUACGUGCUUGACGUGGCGCUGAACUGGCCGCUGGCUGUGAGACUGGGAGCGUCGGGGACCAUCAGAGCUGCGGGCGUGCGCAGCGACGCCGGCCGCGUCUUUGCAACGAUCGUGAACCUGAAGGAUGAAGUUCACUACGUUCUACAGCAGAUCCCAGCAGCCGGAGCCACGCUGACGGAGUCUCUGGAGGCCUUCAUCAGGAACUUCAGCGCUCCGUACAGCGUUUUGCAGCGGCACCUGGUGGGAGAGGAGAACACGACGGAGGCCGAGCGCUCAGACUCGCACCAGCAGCCGCCGCCGCCGCGGCGCCGCCUCAUCACGGAGCUGACCACUUCCUCCUUCCUGCCCUUUGUCAUGGACCUUGAGAAGGACGUGGUGCUCAUCUACUACACGCAGUGGUGUGGCUUCUGCUCCGCCCUCAACCACAUCUUCAUCCAGCUGGCCAGGCUGCUGCAGGGAAACAGCACCGUCGCUGUGGCCAGAGUGAACGUUGCUCGCAACGACCUUCCCUGGGAGUUCAUGGUGGAUCACGUCCCCACCAUUCUGCUCUUUCCCAGAUACAGGAAAGACCUCAGUGUGAAGUUUCCUGGUGACCUGCCCGUCACGCUGCCCAACCUCCUGCACUUCAUCCUGCAGCAUUCACGGCACACAGAGAAGCCAGAGGCGGCGUGUGCGGACGGCCCGGGCCCGAGCCCCGUCCUGCGUGCGGAGUUCGUGGCGCUCCAGCGGGAGGUGCGAGCGCUGCAUCACGCUCGCUCGCGCCUCUCGCAGCAGCUGGCGCAGCUGUGGCGCGACAACCGGCGGCUGACGUUCGGCACUCGCAGCCUAGAGGCCCAGAACGCCGAGCUGCAGCGGGAGCGGCAGAGCUUGGAGCAGCAGCACCGGGAGAAAAGCCGUCAGCUCGGGGAGGCGGUGAAGCGCCUGCAGGAGCUGGCGGACACGUCCGAGAACCUGCUGCACGAGAACAUGCUGCUCAAGCUGCUGCUCAGAGCGCUGAAGGACAGGGCGGAGGCCGGGGAGCAGGGGGACGCGGAGAGACAGGAGGCGGAACAGAAGAGAAGCCACAUGGCCUCCUGAGUGUCCGUCUACAGGGAGUCCGGAUCAGAACACAAUGAGGAGGACGGACGGGAUUUAAAGAGGGAAGGAUGAGGAAAACGAGCUGUGAUUAAAGCUGAGAGGUGGUGAAAGAAGUGGAGAAAGAAAGAAAGAAAGGUCAUGUAAAACCUGAGGGCUAAUGACCUCGUCUGUCUUAUCAGGACACAAAGGGACUGAAAGUCUGUGGGGGGCGGUGGGCUGCUGCUGAGUCACGACAGAAGACGACGGGACUGAGGGUCUGAGAACGGCUGUCCGGCUGCGGCCGCUCUGCUGAGGGCUGAUGAUGAUGAUGAUGAUGAUGAUGAUGAUGAUGAUGAAGAGCUCUCUGCUGGAACCUGCAGCCGCGUCCUGCAGCGACGGAGGGCGAACUGUAGUCGCCCGCGGCUGCUCUCAGGGGAAGUACGACACAAAACGCCGUCGUCAGUCUUUGCUAAUCGGGCGACUAAAGCAUCUGUGCAAUCGACAGCUCUGCCUCGUGACUGGAGGAGUCAAAGCUCCAAUAAUUCUGUAGCACUCUCCCUUUUCUGGCCGGUUGCCUCCAGUGUUAGCGUUGAAGCAGCGGAGGCACGCGGACUGAGGGCUACUGAUAAAGCUGGGACUUAUUUAAUACUAAAGAUGAGACGAGCACUUGAAUUGAUUAGAAAGAGCCUUUUUUUCUUGAAGUGAUUGAUUUUUUUACAGGAAUUGGUGAGUUUCUAAACUCUAACUAUUCAGGUAUUAAGGAUGAAAUGCUGCAAUUGUUUGAACUGAUUUUUACAGAUUAAAAAUCUUUCAUGUAA